CAUUUUGCGCGCAGUGUGAAAGCCGUCUGAUUUACUGGAUAGGGAAAGGAUCAAAGUCUUUAAUUUACGGAGGCCAAAGAACAGCAGGAAUUACUUUACUGAACCAGUACUUCAGGUAUGGAGGAAAGCAGCAGUAUUGCUGUGCUGGUGCCAAACAGCAGGGGGCAAGAAGCAGUUCUAAUACCUGACAGUGUUGUGGGCUCCCGGUUGCAGGACAACGAUGGCAAACAAAAACAGAAAGCUACAGACUCUCUCAUCCAGGUCAUAGAAAAACUAAGCAAGAUAGUGGAAAACAAAAGGAAGAGGAGAUGUACCCUAGCGGGCAAGAAGCGUCCUCACCUGUAUCAAUCUGUGGUUCUCGAGACCAAAGAGAACUGUGAAAUCCCAGCAAAAAUGGCAAAAGACUCGGACACACUUGGGCAAAAUGUACCAUCUGUUGUGCAGGAGGAAUACUAUUUAUCAGAGGACCUGCCGGACACCAGUAGCAGGACAGUCACUUGCUACCAGUGCAGCCUCUGCAAAUUCAUUUCCCCAACCCUGCCUCUGUUGAAGGAGCACAUAAGACUACAUGACCGGCAAAAUGAGGUCAUAUUGAUGUGCUCCGAAUGCUGCUUCAUGUCCAAACGGCAAGAGGAACUGGAAGCCCAUGUCAAGAUUCACUUAGAUAGUGAGGAGAUGCACACAAGUGUAGUGGAAAAUCAUGAGCUUCAGAAUCUGAAUCUCUCAGCGGCAGCCGGGAAAGGUUUCGCUUACGCAGGGGGCCUUGGAAGCUUGCAGAUUAACAUGGAAGAUGAAGAGGUCAAAGGAAAUCUGGAGAGUUCAGUGGGAGACCAUGUGAAAAAAAAAUGGUACACGUAUGAGCAGUAUGGUAUGUACAGGUGCUUGAUCUGUAGCUACACCUGUGGUCAGCAGAGAAUGUUGAAGACGCACGCAUGGAAGCAUGCCGGCGAAGUCGAUUGCUCCUACCCUAUAUUCGAAGAUGAAUUGGAGCCUACUAGCCUCCCUGCAGAGCCACUGCCUCAAGCUGAUGAAGCUGUUGUUGUGCUGGCUCCAGUAAGCAAACCAGCAGACCUCUACAGCACUCCUCCAUUUCAUCUACAGCUUUGCACCUCUGCUACAGACGACAAUGGAAAGCCCAUUAUUGGCCAGACUGUUCAACAAAUCUCAGAGGAAGUGUGUCUACCGAAGGUCGCAAGCGCAACAUCCCAGGAGGAAGUAGUUGAGGAACAGGCUGUUGCUGAUUUGGAACAGGAUAACGCCACCUCGGAUAGCCUUCUCUCUUCGGCGCAAAAGAUAAUCAGCUGCAGCCCCAACAGAGUAGGACAUGUCAAUGUCAUAGUGGAGCGUCUUCCUGGGGCUGAAGAAGUAGGAGCCAGCAAGCAGUUCCUGAUGAGCCCCGACAUAGAGAAAAGGCUCAUCUCUGAUGAGCCCGAGAUGACUUAUUACGAGGACACUCCAGAGGUUUAUAAUGCCAGCAAAGGUACUGUUGCUGCUGAAGAGGUGAUCAUAGAUUGUUGCACCAAUGAGAAACAGUGCGAGGACAAGGAGGCUAAAGAAUCGACAGUGGCUGAUGAAAACGCCCCCCCAGUCCGGAGAAGGACACAUUCAGAGUCAUUGAGGUUGCACUCCUUGGCUGCUGAAGUCCUUGUUGCUAUGCCCACAAGAACUCCGGUGGCCAGUAUUAAAAGCAUUGUUGAGUUGAGCACGCAGAGCCCUGAUACUGGUCAAAGAUACAUCGAUAUAACCAAUGCAGUCCAACACAAAGUAAUAUCUGCUAUUAAUAAUACCUCUGAGGAUUUUGUCGAUUUGAAACGGGCCGGCACUGCACCGGUCGACUUGGAGUUGCAGAAGGUCAAGCCUGGGCUGUCGGAGGUGCCGGUCCGAAUGGGAAUCAGCAUGUCACUGCUCACGGUGAUUGAGAAGCUGAGAGAACGGACUGAUCAGAACACCUCGGAUGAAGAUAUUUUGAAGGAAUUGCAGGAUAAUGCUCAGUGCCAACUGAGCAGCGACGCAAGUUUGCCAGGGGGCAACCUGGUGGAGUAUAUUCCUGAAAGUGAUCGGCCAUACCGGUGCCGCCUGUGCCUCUACACCAGUGGCAACAAGGGCUACAUCAAACAGCAUCUGAGGGUACAUAGACAGAGGCAGCCUUACCAGUGUCCCAUCUGUGAACACAUUGCAGAGGACAGCAAGGAUCUCGAGAACCACAUGAUCAAUCACUGCAAAACUAGGAUGUACCACUGCAAGCAGUGUGAAGAAACCUUUUAUUACAAGAGCCAACUGAGGAAUCACGAACGAGAACAACAUGGUCUGCCCGAUACUUUGCCUGCGCUGUCGUCUGUUAAUGAGAGCAUCGUGCCUGUUGCUGAAGAAUCUGAAGAUAAAUACACAGAAGAAGAUCUGGCCUCUACCCAGAAAGUCUAUAAGUGUGAUGUCUGUGCUUACACAAGCUCGACAUACAUUGGUGUUCGGAACCACAGGAGAAUCCACAACUCUGAUAAGCCGUACAGGUGCAGCAGCUGUGACUUCGCCACAACAAACAUGAACAGUUUAAAAAGCCAUAUGAGACGCCAUCCACAGGAGCAUCAAGCAGUACAGCUAAUGGAACAGUACCAAUGCUCGCUGUGUGGCUAUGUAUGUAGCCACCCCCCUUCUUUGAAGUCUCAUAUGUGGAAGCACGCUGGUGACCAAAAUUAUAACUAUGAGCAAGUAAACAAGGCUAUUAAUGAAGCAAUUUCACAAAGCAGCAGGUCUCAGUGCCCUGUACCAAAAAUGAGUGAACCUGUUGAGAGAGCUAUGUCUGGACUUGCAGAGAAGUUGAUGCUGGAUCCUGAAACGCCAUCCUUGGCUUCAGAGGAGGACACAGGAGUUAUAGAACCAUCACAGGUAUCCAGCUCUACAACAAAAACCAGCUCAGAAAAAAGUGUGAGUCAGUCCCGGGCAGGGUCAGAGUACUGCGUCCUGCUUUUCUGCUGCUGUAUCUGUGGGUUUGAAUCCACCAGCAAAGAGCACCUGAUGGAGCAUAUGAAGAAGCAUGAGGGCGAGAUCAUUAAUAUCAUUCUGAACAGGGAACGAAGCUCCCAGGAGCCCCAGCGCAGCACACAGUAGACUGCAAUGCACUGCUUUAGCUUUACGCAAAAGCAGGCAGGUUAGAUCUGUUUUAAUAAGACCUUUUAGGUGUAUCUGUUUUGUUUGCAGGGUUUUUUAUAAUACUGUGUUUUUGUAUUUGUUUUGUUUUUAAACUGUAUUCAAAACUUGACAAGAUUACUCUUUUUCAUGUCUGAAAACAAUAUAAGAUUGACCUCUUUCCAUAGCUAUGCUGGCGAUCCUUUUAUUGUGUACAGAUUCUAGACUUCCACAUAACAGAGAGCAAUUCAGAUUUUGAAAAUGAGUACACUGAACUUCUAGAUUUAAAAUUCAAAAAGCUGAAGGUUAAACUGCAGUCUUUUAUAUUUGUGUAGUUUUGGUGUAAUUAAAAAAAAAAAAAAAAAAAAAAAAAAAAAAGUAAAUAGUUUUCUUCAUAAAACCAGCUUCUCAUUGUAAAAACACAGGUAUGUUAAUAAGCAAUCAUGGUUUUUUUAAGUUGAUAAAGGCAGCUUUUUACAGGUGACUGUAACAUACUCUAGGCAACGUUGGGAUGUACUACAGCUGUAAAUAUCUCAUACAAAAUAUGCAGAUUGUGUAUUUCAGUGAUUUAGUGUGUAAAUACCUUGGUAUUUAUUAUUUAUUUUCUAUUUAUGCAUGUAGUUUUCAGUUUUAUUGAAAAAAAACAAUGUAAACAAUGCACCUUUGCAUUGUCUUCAUGGUGCUAUUCAUCUGUCAAGACAUAAUGACAGGGAUCCUUGCCCUAAAGACCCAUCUGUACACACACUGUACCUGUGCUUCAACAUGCAGUAUUUUCAUUUAGAAUAUUUCAGGUAUUUAAAUUAUUAAAUAAAAUCCAAAUAAGACAGUUGCACAUUUGUCACAAGGCACAAAGUUUCAGUUUUAUUGUAGUUGGCUGCAAGUAAUACUUUUAAAGUUGCAUUAAAUUGCACAUGUUUAGUAUAGCUAAUACAAGUUAGUAAACUAUUGAUUCCAUUAAGGAGUGGAAUACUCUAAGAAGUAUUUUAGUUCUCAGAAAUAUGUAUAUAUAGUAGGCCUAUUUUUAUUUAUAUAUAUAUGUGUGUGUGUGUGUGUGUGUGUGUGAAAGAAGUCUAUGUGGACUCACAAUUGCCUCUUCCAGUUUGUGAAGUGCACCAAGAUAGGUCACACUCUCAAGAAAUAGGACAAGACCACUGUGAUUUUGUAUUUUUAUUCCGUUAAAAUAGCCAUAUAAUAUAUAAUUUAUUAUACACGCACACACAAAUACAG